AUGCAUGUGCUGACUGCUGCUUUUGUCCGCGGCUUCGUCGCCGUCCCAGCCGCCCGCCAUCCUCUGCCGCUCAGGUGCUCGCCGGUGCAGGCUCUGCGGCCGGGCUCAAUCAAGGAGGCGACGCUGCAGCAGGGCAAGCGGCCGUAUGGUGAGGAGAGUCGGCGCUACCGCCGCACCAUCUACCGGCACGAGGACUGGCUCCGGCACCGCUCCGAGACGCGACUGCUGCGCAACCUGCAGGGCACGUUCACCUCUGGCGUCGUUCGGUCGCUGCUGAGUGAGGUCAUUGCCGUCACGCUGGUCGCACUGCUGGUGAUUGUUUGGAACGCUGCGCUCUUUGGGUACGACAGCCUGGGUACGACGACGACCCAGCCCGGCCUCUUUGGCGAGGAAGUGCCCGCCUUCCUGCGUGCUCAGCUUCCCGUCAGCAUCUUCACUCUCUCCUCUCCCGCGCUGGGGCUGCUGCUCGUGUUCCGCACGAACACGAGCUACCAGAGGUGGCUCGAGGCGCGACAGGCGUGGGGCCGCAUCGUCUCGCACUGCCGCAACAUCAUGCGGCAGGCGACGCUCUGGAUCGAGGAGGACGAGGCGGAGGACGUGGCAGACCCCGACGCCGCGCGCCGCAGUCUCGAGGAGUUGCGCCUCUGCGUGUGGGCGUUCCCGCGCAGUCUGUGGGCGCACCUCUCCGACCCCGCCAAGGAGCCGCGCUUCGCCCAAGAGGUGCGCGAGCGCUUCCCGAGCGACGCGUCAGCCGCGCUGCUGCUGGGCUCGUCACACCGCCCGCUCCGCGCCCUCUCGCUCCUCUCGGCCGCCAUGGACCGGCUCCCCAUCGACGAGAAGAAGAAGGUCGAGAUGGACAAGUCGUGCAUCCUGCUCGGUCGAAGCGGCGAGUGA